AUGACGGGAUAUGGUGUAUAUAAUUAUCCUAAUUCAUUCUAUAGAUAUGAAGGUGAAUGGAAAGACGGCAGAAAACAUGGACACGGGAAGUUAGUAAUGAAAGAUGGUUCAUAUUAUGAGGGUGAGUUUAUCCAUGGUGAAAUAGAAGGUCAUGGUACAAGAUAUUGGUCACAUAAUGGUAAUGUUUACUCUGGUCACUUUCUCAAUGGAGAAUUGCAUGGCCAUGGCGUUAUGCGAUAUGCUAAUGGUAUGGAAUACAGAGGCGAAUUUCAAAGUAAUAAAAAAGAAGGACAUGGUGUUCUUAUAGAGAUAGAUGGUAGCAUGUAUGAAGGCUCAUUUCACAGUAACCAAAGACAUGGUGAGGGUCAACAAACAUACGUCAAUGGUGACAGAUACAUAGGUGACUGGAUUAAUGGUUACAGGCAAGGAAGUGGAGAAAUAACUUUUGCAGAUAAAACAAUUUAUGAUGGUCAGUGGAGAAAUGACAUGUUUAACGGUGAAGGAACUUACAUUCAUUCUUCUGGUAUGACAUAUGAAGGUCUGUGGAUCAAUGGCCGCCCCGCUGUGGAAGCUGAUCACAUUGUUAUUCUUGGUGAUCCUGUACGUGAAAUGGUACAAGGGACUCCGUUCACGAUAGAAAUUGAGAUGCAAAGUCCUGAUGGUGAACUUGUUGAAGAUCACGGAAGAGAGAUUCAGAUCUCAGCUGGUUUCAGACAUUAUACACCAAGUGAAGGAACACCAUUGUUUAACCUCAUAGAAGACAUUGAAGAAAAACCAGUAGCAACACCUUAUGAUUAUAAUAUUGUCAACUAUCCACUGACUGAGUUGGGAAGCAUGAAAUUGGAUGAGCGCCCUCUAUCACCCGGUGCUGUUACCAAAUCAGCUUCAAAUCUAGGUGAGAGUUCAACUGCAGUUGAAGAAGAGGUUGCAGAGAAUGGUGAGGUGGAAGAAAAGCCAACAGAAAACAUUGUAGAAGAGAAAACUGAGGAGACAGUGGCAGCAACCAUGACUGAAGGAGAAGGAGGUGAAAUAGAUGUUUCUAUACCGACUGAAGGUGAUGAAGAAAAAGCAACAUCUCCUCGUCAGCAGUUGGAGCUGCCAGAGCAAGAGACACCGGUGCCACCUCCAGUCAACACACUUAGAAGUGAAGAUGGUAAAGUGGACUUUAAGGAUUUAGUACUCCCUCCUGCACCCCAGGGAUACAUCCCCUUCACAAUUAUGGAUCAACUUGAAGAAGAAAAUCGUAAUAUAACCCGCGGAAAAACCACCAACUUGGUGGCUGCACUCAAGCUGGGAGCCAAAACGGGCCGAAGUAUAGAUACUGAUAAUAUAGACCCUUCAAAGCUUGAGAACAAAGAGACUGCUAAAGCUGAUGCCAGACUAGCCAAACAAAGACGAGAAAAACUAUACGGUGAUGAGAGAUUUGCAAGACCGGGGGAGUAUGUGAUCAUGGUACAGGAUGUGACUACACCACCUUUUCUUGGCAAGACUCUUACACCAGCAUUUAUGCUUGUCAGAAUAACCAAUGCCCUGGAGAAGAAACCAGCAAAGAAAGCAAGGAGCUCAACCAAACGAAAUAAACCUCAAGACAAGACAUAACAAAAUGUGUAUUAAACUGGCACUACAUGACCCCAGUGAUCUGACUUGCAACUUUUUUGUUUUUUAUUUGAAUC